AGGACGCGCGUGCGCAGUGACUCGGGGAGGAGUGGGGACCUGGCAGCGGGUGAGAAGGCUGCGAGCGAGCCGCGAACCCGGCGGGUGGAGGGCGGCGAGCGCGCGCGCACCAUGGGUGAAAAACCCGGGACCAGUGGGGUCUUCCUUUCUGUUUUGUUAGGGUCUUCAAGAAGUCGAGCCCUAACUGCAAGGUGAGUCUCCCUCGAUGCUUGCUUACCCUUUGAUCCUCCCUGGGCCCUAUCAGAGCCCAGCCUACCCCUAGAUGAUCCCCAACCCUUAGCUCCCCACUUCCUGUGACAGCUAAAAGCAGACUUCCUUCCCUCCUUAAGCCCCUUGCCACAGUCUGAAGAAGCCACAGGGCUGGGUGGAGACUGGGCUUGGUUCCUAAGCUAGCUUGUAACUCUCUUAGGAACCAACGCAAGAUGCCUGGGCUAGGAAAAGUUAAUAGUUCCCCAGGCAGUGGCCCGUUUAUCUCAGAGCCUGUUGUGGGGACAGCUGCUAACUGCCUGGUCUGACUGAGUGUUCCCUGAAGACAUGGGAACACAUAUAUACACAUUUACACCUACCCGUGGUUGGUGGGCACAGCUCACCGUGUACUUGGGCAAGCGUGACUUUGUGGAUCACUUGGACAAAGUGGAUCCUGUCGAUGGUGUGGUGCUUGUGGAUCCUGACUACUUGAAGGACCGGAAAGUGUUUGUGACCCUCACCUGUGCCUUCCGCUAUGGCCGAGAAGACCUGGAUGUACUGGGCCUGUCUUUCCGCAAAGAUCUGUUCAUCGCCACCUACCAGGCCUUCCCCCCCAUGCCCAACCCACCUCGGCCCCCCACCCGCCUACAGGACCGACUGCUGAAGAAGUUGGGCCAGCAUGCCCACCCCUUUUUUUUCACAAUACCCCAGAAUUUGCCUUGCUCCGUCACACUGCAGCCAGGACCGGAGGACACAGGGAAGGCCUGUGGAGUAGACUUUGAGAUUCGAGCCUUCUGUGCCAAAUCUAUAGAAGAAAAAAGCCACAAAAGGAACUCCGUGCGGCUUAUCAUCAGAAAGGUACAGUUUGCUCCUGAGACACCCGGCCCCCAGCCAUCAGCUGAAACCACACGCCACUUCCUCAUGUCUGACCGGAGGUCCCUGCACCUAGAGGCUUCCCUGGACAAAGAGCUGUACUACCAUGGGGAACCCCUCAAUGUCAACGUCCACGUCACCAACAAUUCUGCCAAGACCGUCAAGAAGAUCAGAGUGUCUGUGAGACAGUAUGCCGACAUUUGCCUCUUCAGCACCGCGCAGUACAAGUGUCCUGUGGCUCAGCUUGAACAAGAUGACCAGGUGUCUCCCAGUUCCACAUUCUGCAAGGUGUACACCAUAACCCCGCUGCUCAGUGACAACCGAGAGAAGCGUGGCCUUGCCCUUGAUGGGCAACUCAAGCACGAAGACACCAACCUGGCUUCCAGCACCAUUGUGAAGGAGGGAGCCAACAAGGAGGUGCUGGGAAUCCUAGUAUCCUACAGGGUCAAGGUGAAGCUGGUGGUGUCUCGAGGCGGGGAUGUCUCCGUGGAGCUACCUUUCGUCCUAAUGCACCCCAAGCCCCACGACCACAUCACCCUUCCCCGACCCCAGUCAGCCCCCCGGGAAAUAGACAUCCCUGUGGAUACCAACCUCAUUGAAUUCGAUACCAACUAUGCCACAGACGACGACAUCGUGUUUGAGGACUUUGCGAGGCUUCGGCUGAAGGGGAUGAAGGAUGACGACUGUGAUGACCAGUUCUGCUAGGAAGAGGGGCUGGGAGAGGUAGGGGUGGGCAGGACUGAGGUCCCACUGCCCUUGCGGGUAGGAGGGUCCCAGCCUCUCCUCCUUCCCCGUCCGUCCACCCGAGAUACACACUGGACCCAUCACUCGUUGAAAGUGGGCAUUAAUCUUUUGACUUCAGCUCUGCCACCCCAGCCCUGCUCCCUAGGGUGGCAAGCUGUGUACACACCUAAAGUUUUGGGAAGGGAACACUGAAAGCAAGGAGUGAAUGUAGAGAAAAGGAGUAGAAAGGACACCCAUGUUUGGCCUCAUACCAACCCACUCCCAGUCACCACUUCUGCCUCCCAAUCCUUGAAGAUGAGAUUUCAGGGGAGGGACCAGCAAGGCCAUAUCUUCGUUUCUGAGCAUAGGGAAGAAAUAAACCUUUUAAUAGGCA